AUGAGUAACUACGUGGAACGAAUGUCAGUGCAGUACCAGAACUUCUCCCAAGGAGCCGAUCCCCUGAUCGACAGCUGGUUCCUGAUGCAGAGCCCGGGCCCGGUGCUCUCCAUCACCGGCCUGUACUUGCUGUUUGUCCUGUGGUUCGGACCGCGCUGGAUGGAGCGGCGCAAGCCGUACGAGCUGAAGCUCACGCUGAUCGCCUACAACGCAGUCCAGGUCGUCGUGUCCAGCUUCUUUUUCCUCUACCCGUUCUUUACCGGACUGUUCUCCCGGUACCUGUCGCUGACGUGCGGUGCGUCGAUGACGGGCGUCAGCAAAGAACUCCAGCUGACGGUAUGGAACGGUGCCUGGAUGUACCUGAUGCUGAAAAUCGUCGAGCUGCUGGACACGGUUUUCUUCGUGCUGCGCAAGAAGCAGAAUCAGGUCUCGUUCCUGCACGUGUACCAUCACACGAUAAUGGUGCUCUUUACGUGGUUCUACUUGAAGUACAUUCCCGGAAUGGAGGCCGCCUUCAUCGGAGUGCUCAACUCGUUCGUGCACAUCAUUAUGUACACGUACUACCUGAUAGCCGCCCUGGGGCCACGGUACCAGAAGUAUCUCUGGUGGAAGCGCUACAUGACCACACUGCAGUUGCUGCAGUUCGGCAUUAUGCUGUGCUAUUUCGGGCUCAUCAACGGCAUGCAGUGUGCGGUGCCGCGGGCGCUAACGUACUUUUUCGUCAGCAAUAUUACCAUCUUCCUGUUUCUGUUCAUUAACUUCUAUCGCAAGGCGUACCAGAGCCGGGCCAUGAAGCGAGACUGA